AUGAAUCCCAUCACCCUCGAACUUCUUCGUUUCACCGUUGACAAAAGCUUCAGCCUUGUUGCUCCUGCUUUUGCCAAUCUUCGUCAAACAGUAAGGGCUGCUGGUGUUAACGAACAGUACUAUGGAUUGACGGACGAUAAUAUGAAACAACUUCUUUGGGUUAUUAAAUGGCCUCAAAAGAUCCAUUUACCGGAACUUUUGGACGAAUCUAGCAAAUUCAGACAGCAGGUAACUGCUCUAGACGUCAACUCGAAACCUAUUUCUUGGCUUGUUCCGUUCCGAUUUGCGGAAGAAGUUCGACCUGCCUUGACUGCACCUGUUUCCGAAUUCGCACACAUCGUACUGAAGGAAACUUCGAAGCCAGGUCCGAUAUCUGAGUCACUGCACAAAACAUUUACAGAUUGUUAUUAUGCCGCUGGAUUCACCGGAGGGAAUUGGGGAAUUGCCGCUAACUCGAACGACAGUGUUUGCCUCUAUGUGCUUGGAUGGAAAUCAAGAGCAUAUCAUUCCGAGUAUUCCAAAUCGGCUUUGUUUGACGUCGAGAUAGAUAAACUCAAACCUCACUAUGCUCCAGGCUCGAUGGGCCUGUUUUCAAAGCUCACUCAAGAGUUAAGCUAA